UGGUGGUCUUCCCCAUCCCUCGCCUGAUCUGGCCGGAAGAACGCCUCUUUGUCUCCGGGUAUCCGAUAUUGUUGACAUCGCCGGUCACUUCUUGUCCAGUCAUUGAAUCAAGGACCUUCCUUCCACAAUCCAGAAAUCCAGAUUGCUCACCAUGGCUCACUUCCCCAAGCUCAUCCCUGCAUUUACCGUCCAGGUCGCGAUCGACCCCCCGUCCUCGGUCUCGCCCAACCUCACGUUUGUGCCCUUCGCGCCCAAGGGCGGGUCCAUCGUCUCGGAGCCGUCGUACCCGAUCGCGCUCAAGGCGGACAUUGAGCACGGCGCCGACUACAUCACGACGGCGCCCGGCGGCAAAUACGUGAAGCUCGAGGUCCACGGCAUUGCCCGCGACACGCUCACCGGCGGCCUGCUCCGCAUCCGCUACACGGGCCGCAUCCCCACGACGGGCCCCGCGGGUAAAGUCCUCCGCGGCGAGGCAGGGGCGGGGACUACCCCCUUUGGGGAAGCCUUCAUGCAUGUGGAAUUCGAGACGGGGGCCGAGGCGCUGGCGGCUCUCCAGGAGAAGGUCUAUGUGGGAUCGGGACACUUCGUGAUAGAACCUGGCAAGCCGGUGAUUGUAGAGUACAAGGUCAGCGAGGUCUCUGCCUGAGGUAAUCGGCCGUCAUCUGGGUUCUCUGCAAGCAGUGCCUGCAAUCCUUUAGACUUGGUUAGAUGGCUGAUCACAACGGGGGUUGCUCCUGUGAUUACGUUCGCUCUCGGCCGACGCUUGCUCUGUAACAGAACCUCGAGGUGGAUAUUACUGAACAAUUGCUGUUACACUGUCUGGGGCCGGUGGCCCUCUGGCCGGCCAUUAUCACCUUGGACCGGAGGGGGAAUGCACCGAGAUGAUGCUUGUGUUUCCUUAAUUUCGUAGUCCUGGGUCCGCUCAAAGACACAUAAUCCGCCUGACGCCUACUGAACGCCUAGAACAAGAGUACCGAAGGAAACCGAAACCGGCCAGCCAAUGCCGU